GCAAGUUUGGAGCUCGUGUUGAGUUUAAUCAAUUCAUAACGUCGAGAUGGAGCCGAACUCACCGAAGUGGGUGGGCUCGUCUUGCGGCUUACACGGACCAUAUAUCUUCUAUAAAGCCUUUAAAUUUCACCAGGGCGCUAAGCCCAGGAUCCUGGCUCUCGGUGACUUUUUCUUCGUCCGAUGCAAACCUGAGGACCCCGUGUGCAUAGCGGAGCUCCAGCUGCUCUGGGAGGAGAGGACGAGCAGGCAACUUUUAUCCAGCUCCAAACUUUAUUUCCUACCCGAGGAUACUCCCCAGGGACGCGCAGCGGCUCAUCAUGGAGAGCACGAGGUAAUCGCAGUAUCAGAAAAAGUGAUCGUGCGGCUGGCGGACCUGGUGAAGUGGACGGUACCAGACUUCUCAGGAUGGGACAACGGUCUGAAGGUGGAGCCCCUCAAACCCUCCGUGCUCCGGGAGCUGGGUACCAACGGGAGGCGCGAGGCCCUCCACCGCUACCGGGAGAGCACCCUGACCAGCGGACUCAACUUCAAGGAUGUGCAGAGGGAGCGGGCACAGCUAGGCCAAGAGGAGGACGGACGGAAGGUUUUGGUCCUCAGUUACCCGCAGUACUGCCGCUACCGCUCGGUUCUGGCCCGGCUCCGGGAGCAGCCGUCCUCGCUGCUCAUCGACCACACGGUGCUGGCGCUGGGCGGCAUCGCUGCGUUGGGUGGCAGCUCGAGGAUCCUGUACUGCCGUGACACCUUCGAGCACCCCACCCUGCUGCAGAAUGAGAGCAUCUGUGACGAGUUCGCUCCUAACUUGAAGGGACGACCUCGAAAAAAGAAGCUGUCCAUCUCUCAGAGGAGGGACUCCCAGGGUCAGGCUCCGGGUCAAGGCUCUUCAGGGUCGAGCCAGGGUCCAACAGCUGUAGCAGCUCAGGACCCCUCAAGUCCAGAGAGUAAAACUACAACCAAGGUUAAGCCCAGCUAUAAAACGAUACCUAACGGAAAAAUAACCACGUCCGCCAGACAAAAGCCCGCCGGCCUCAGCAAGAAAUCCUCGACCGAGGAAAAGGAGCGAGGAAAGGAGAAGGAGGAGAAAAGCGAGAAGAAGGAGGAGAAGAACGACGAGGAAACAUCAGAGGAGAGCCGAGCGGAGGAGCAGGCUUUCUUAGUCACUCUCUACAAGUACAUGAAAGAGCGAGACACGCCCAUAGAGAGGAUCCCCUUCCUCGGCUUCAAACAGAUCAACCUUUGGACCAUGUUUCAAGCUGCUCAGAAACUCGGAGGAUAUGAGUUGAUCACAGUGCGCAGACAGUGGAAACAUGUUUAUGAUGAAUUGGGUGGCAACCCCAGCAGCACAAGUGCCGCCACCUGUACACGGAGACACUAUGAGAGGCUCCUCCUUCCUUACGAGAGGCACCUUAAAGGCGAGCAGGACAUGCCCCUCCCCCUGACCAAACCCAGGAAGCAGGAGAGCAGCCAAGAGAAGGCAUCUGCAGCUGGAGCCAAAACAAAAGCGGCUGGGGUUAAGAAACUGAAAGGCCCCAAGCCAGGGAGUAAAAAGGACAAAGGGGAAAYGAGACGAGAACAAACACAGGACUCAAAGGGGAAAGAAGUGAGUAAUGAGCUCUCCAUAGCUGUGAAAAAGGAGGCGUCUCUCCAAGAUGAACCGAUUGUAAUYGAGGAGCAAGAGUUACAUGUUACCCUGAAGAAGGAGGAGUCGUUGGCAGCGGAGCAGCCGUCCGCACUCGACUUCAGAGCCCCGCACGGUGAUUUCUCCCUCCACACGGGGCCUGCUCCUCAACCCGAGUGGAGGCAAAUCAGCGAGGCCCUCAAAGCCAAAUUCGUCGGCGAACAGCAAACCGAAGGGCGUUUCAUUCCGAAAAACCCUUAUCUGCCUCACUGCUGGGAUCAGAGCAAACCUGCCGGACACAUCGCUCUGCCGGAGCACUUCUCUAAGGUCAAAGACUCCAUUGAAAAUCACGGCGGGAGAGUGGGCAAGGUGCUGCCCAUGUGUAAGCAGCCGGACGAACAGUGUAUAGACCUGAGCACAGAUUCCUUCCCAGAGAAAGAGGACUUUGGUGUCAUUAAGAAGGAGUCCRCCCAGGGCGUUGGACAGACCGCUGCCUACUGCAAAGCCAGCCAGGGGGUCAUGUCUCCUUUGGCCAAAAAGAAGCUCCUCUCCCAAGUGUGCGAUACCAACCAUUACUCUUUCUCACUUCAGUCCCCUCUGCCCACAGCCACACCCUCCCUCCCGGUCCUAUCGGUUUCAGAACGCGAUCAAGAGAAGAGAAGAAGCGACGAGGAGGCGGCGAGACAGAAACGUAACGGUUUGUUGGACGGCGUCCCCGAGGUGGCACCCAUAUUCAGGCCUUCGGUCAUCCAGCACGCCCAGAGCAGCAAGGCCCACCAGCAAAGCACCGGCGGACCGUCGGAGAGGAGCUCCGCCGGGGACUCGUCGGACACGUUCAGCUGCCGGGCAAGCCGUCCCCUUCAGCCUCAAGCCAGCGUGCCGUGGCAGCCGUACCUUCCGCGAACUCAAACCCAAGACGGCGUGGAAGCCACCGAGGAGAAGUUACUCCAAGGCCCGGCGGCUCAGUCCAGGAGCUACGCAGGCGACUGCUACUCCUCCCCUCACCUCCACAGUUUGUACAGACAAACCGAGAGCUGCCUGAGCCAAGAGAGGAUGGCCGGCUUCAGCAGUGGAGAGCGGAGGGAGCACUACAGCAGGGAGUGCGAGGGCAGCCAGAGCUUCGCCUGUGGCGGCCUGGAGCAGGAGGGCUUGGCCUACAGGUCUCACUUCAGUGACAGGACUCAAACACACGGAGAGAACGGACAGGCCGAGGACGAGCCCAGAGACUUCACCGUUUCAAAACCUCUCUCGCAGAGGGUUUCCUCCUUCUCCAAGACCCCCUUCUGUGGUCUCUCCUAUCCCAUCAUGCACCACGGUUUGGAUUCCCAUCCUAAAGCGUGCAGAGUUCCCCCAAUGACAAUCUCCCCGCCCAAACAGAGCUCCUCCGAGUCGUCACAGCCAUUUUCCAGCCCCAAAUCUUCAGGUGAAUUGCCCCUCGGUAGUUCUGUUCGACCCAGUAAGCGGAGCCUGGUGGAGCCCGAGAGCGAAAGCCCUCCAGAGCGGAAAGUGCGCGUGGUGACACCUAUCCACCCGGCCAGCACCAUCCGACGCAGCGACCCGGAGGAGCUGAAACCCGCGGAGCCGGCCCUCGCCAUUCACCUCAACAAUCACCUACCAGAGGGCCACCCUACGACCUCCUUCCCCCUGCCCCACGCCGCACCCCUCUACGCUGGCAUUUACCCACACGGUACCUUGGUGUCGCCCAGCGCCCAGGAUGGAUUCCAGCAGCAUCCCGGACUGCAGUACUUGAAAAGCCAGUCGGCCGUGUCUCCCCUCGUGCCCUCGUUCGCCCUCCAAUCCAUGAUCCUCCACAGGCACCUGUACCCCUCCAGCCCGCACCCCUUCUACAGACAGCCGGGCGGGGCGCCCUUAUGCGGAGACCUGUUGCCCCACCUCUACCCUCUCUCCCCCCUCCCCCCACCUCAGCUGUCGUCGGUACACCCCAGCACCAGACUGUGAGGGACACAAAAACUGCUUCAUUUCACCUUCAAAGCAUAAAAACUGUUCUUUUUUUUUGUCCUUCUUUGUCGAGGACAAAAUACUGAUCAUAACUGAACUUGAUGAAUUCGUCACUUGGGCAGAAAAUUCCUUUUUUUUUUUGCGUAUGCCUUUGUUUAUAUACUUUGCACUGUUUUGUAUUUGUAUCACCACUUACUGUACCUGUUUUGUUUUAUGUCGUCGUUGCUUUUGUAUCCCUAUUUGCACAAAGCUCACGUGUAUAUGCUCACAGAUCAUUUUUGCCGCUCUCGGGUGACCACGAGUCAGGUCGUUGCUCUGGAUGUGCGAAAAGUGGAGGGCAACAGAGAAAAGCCAUUUGUUUACUGUGUCUGAGGGCUAAACUUUUGUUGCCUAAAAACACUACAAGUAACACGACAAUGAAACCGAAAUAGCUCAUAGAUGUGUGUCGAUAAUUGCAAACAGCUGAUAAAGACGGUAUUACUGUUCAGGCWGCCAGGGGCGUUGUGUGUCUGUUUACGUGUCUCCACGAUGAACUCGGCUUGUUUUUGUGCCACAGUGAAUCCAUUUGGACUGAUUGGAAUAAAUGUUAAAACUCAAUGUGGUGCUGCUUAACACGAGUAGUUUCAUCCUAACAUGCAGAGGUGCUGCGUAUGACAGAUGUACUGUAGACCCACUCGUGACUCAGUUCAGGUUUGUAUUUGUUACGUCCUUUCAGAUCUACACAUAAGUUGACGAACCAUGAAUGUGUGUUUGCUCAGAGGUGAAAAAAAAAGAAGCUGGGAUCAUUUUUACUUUCUAAAACCGAGAGUAAAUUAACCUCCGAAACAUUUUGUGAUGAGUAGACUGUUGCGGCUUGUUUUUGUCUGUUGAACCAGCAUAAUGAAGCAGCCGUCUGCUGUGGAAUGCUCACCACAAAAAAAAAAAAAAAAAGGGGGAAAAAAAUCAGCAUUUGAUCUUUUUUUUGUUGUUCUUUGCUUGAAAAGCUCUUUUCUUCUCUUAUCCAGCUCCCUAAAAAAAGAUUCAUUAUAUGAUUUGAUAGGAAUGUUGUCACUUAGGAAAUAACUGCUUUGCAAAUAUCUGUGCCUUUCACGGUCUUGGAUUAGAGUUAGCACUACACUCAUUAAGGUUAUUUCUCAGUAGCAGGGUAGGAAUGUCAAUAUUACUGUCACUYGUGUGUCAAAUGCAGUGCACAGAAGAAAAAAAAAACUAUAUGGCACACUGUAAAGACACCAGACCUAAAAGGUUUUAAAAAUAUAAAGAAACUACAACUUAUUUUUUGUGCUUAAAAAAAAGUUAACCGCCCAGCUCAACCGUAUCAAUGCAAAUAAUAAUAAUAAUAAUAAUACAUAUUUAGCGACAGCUGAUAAAGACACGGGUCUGGUGUCUGUCUCUGCAGGACAUGUGCACUGCAGUGAUGAAAAGGUACCAAACGCUAUAAAUUUUGCCUACCGUGCUCCAUAUAGCCUGAGGUGGAAAGACAACACCUGCGUUGGCUUUUACAACCACUAUAAUUGGAGUCCAGUGUAGCUGAAAUACACGGUGAACAUUUCUAGUGUUUCAAAAGAAGAAGAAAAAARGCAGUGAGGUUUUACUGAAUGCCUAAAGACAUUCAUUUCUGAUUAAGUACUGUACCUCGCUGUGUAGGUAAAAACUGGCUUUUAGUGCUGGCUUCUGUACAGAACAUUCAUACGGGAUCAACUCAUGGUAAAUCUCUUCUUUGUCUUAUUUUCUCUGUAAAUAGCACUGUAGAUAGGACUGCGUGGUUAUAUAAACUGUUAUAAUCUGUAAAUAAUUAAAGAAAAAAAGACAUUAUAAAAAUCGGUUAUACAAACUAGCUAUGUCUUUAUUUGCUCUGUUUCACGUGAGGCUCAAUCAAACACUACAAAUUUAAGAAUUAGUAUCUUUAGUUUUUUUUUAUUAUUCGUUUCAUUUCAUUUUUAUGUUGUCUCCAUUAAUGUGCAUUCUGAAACUGUUUUUGAUACCAUAGCCAUCUGUUUACCAAUCAUCCAGCUGGCGUGCAAGACAAAAAGAAAAAAAAAUAGACAUUUUGUACGAUAUGACCUGUAUAUUUAAUUAAAAUAUUUUACUAUA